UUCGCCUGUUUUGGGUUUGGCAGGUGGUGUGAACCCUACUUGGAGGUAAAUGUAGCUCUAGGUUUUAAAAAGGAAGCCCUUUCUUAUGUAUGAAGUUGGAAGCCGUUUGUACGUCUUCGCAUACAGCCAAAGUAUCUCAUCUAAACUGAACUGCUUGCUGAAGUCACUCCUGCGGAAACAGAAACCAUCCUCUGAAUGAAAAGGUGUUUCAAGAUCUAAAAACAUUCCUUGGAGUUACUCCAGAGACAGGAUGGAGACACAACUUUUAGCAAGUGAGACAACUAAAAAAGGUCCUUCCGCUGUUCAGGAUGGAAGCUGUGGGGAAAUCAGGGCAAGUAUUGAGCAGGAGAUCCUGGAGGAGGAAACCAUCAUCCAUUCAGAAAUUCAGCCCUGGAACUUCAGGAGCGUCCAGGAGGCUGAGGGUCCCCGUGGACUUUGCAGUCAACUCCACAAAUUUUCCAGGCAAUGGCUGAAAAGGGAAAAGUACACCAAAGCGCAGAUGCUGGACUUGGUUGUGCUGGAGCAGUUCUUAGCCCUUCUGCCCCCGGAGAUGGAGAGCUGGGUGCAGGAGUGUGGAGCAGAAACCAGCUCCCAGGCAGUGGCCCUGGUGGAAGGCCUCCUCCUGAGCCAGGUAGAGGAGCAGAAGGAUCAGGUCGAGUUGCAGUCCGCUGUGAAGAUCAAGGAUAUUGAGGAAAGGAGGAAUCUAGGAAAUAUCCCUCCAGAGUUGUUUUUCCGGAGGUUCUCUCAGGAAGAUCCAAAUCAAGACACCUCAGGAGGUCUUCAUAGAGGAGAUGAAGGAGUGGUUGAACUCCCAAAUCAAGUAGGUCCUGUGUCCUUCAGGGAGGUGUCUGUGUAUUUCUCUGAGGAAGAAUGGUCUCGGCUGGAUCCUGACCAAAAAGCACUGUAUUGGGAAGUCAUGCUGGAAAAUCAUAGGAACAUGGCCUCUCUGGGCGAUGAUGGGAAGGAAAAUAAAGAUUCCUAUGAACUAUUACAAGGGAACACUACUGGAGACACAAUGGAGACAUCUGUAAUUGAAAUGGAAGUAGAAAGAUACGAAGAAAAACAGUCUGACGAUUGGAAUCAGGAAAGCUCAUCUUGCACUGAUGCCUCGGUGCAAGACUUCGUGGUCCAAGAAGGGAAAAUAGAGGAAUAUAUUGGGGAAAGUGUGAAGCAAAUCAAAGACGAAAUACAUGCAGAUGGACACUAUUCAUCCCAAACUAACGGAGAAGGUAAUAUAUUCAGAGACAAUGGGAAAAAUUACAACUGGACAUUCACUCUUUCUGGUGGAAAUAGGUCCCUUACAUCUCAAAAAAGGCCCCACACAGAAGAGAAGCAAUCUAAAAGUUGGGAAUGUGAAGAGACAUUUAGAAAAGGCUAUCGACUUACUUCCCAUAAUUGGAACCACACAGGUGAGAAGCCCUAUAAAUGCAGAGAAUGUGGCAAGUGCUUCAGAAGACAGAGUAAUCUUAGUACUCAUAAAAGGAUCCACACAGGGCAGAA